AUGCUGCUCCCAGAAAAGGACCAGGCUGCGUUCAAGGACUGGUUGCUGCCGAAGCUCGAGAACAUCUCUGAUGCUGAGGGAGGCGUGCUCGCCGAUUAUGUCGCUGCGCUAGUUACCGUCGAUGAAACAGAGGCAAAUGUUCGGCGCAGCUGCAUCGAGUCGCUAGAAGACUUCCUGGGCAAAGACAACACAGAGCCGUUUGUCGACGACGUUAUUGCUGCGCUGAAAGAUAGAGCCUAUGUCCCCAAGCCAAAAUCCCCACCACCGAUCCAAGCCCCACAGUCUGCGCCGAUACAGUCUAUAGUGGGCAGCACGAACCUCGAGUAUGAGCCUCAUCCCUCCAACGCACCGCCCGACGCGCCAAAAGGCCCGGCCGCGACUAGAUUUUCACACCGGCUACCCGACCGACCGACGUAUUACAUGCAGGAUGGAUCAAAUCAGUCGAGGAAGCGCAAGGCGGUAGAAGGCGACAGCGGUAGUGGUAACAGGCCGUCCAAGCAGGCGGCGCGGAGGAGCGGUAGAAGUGGAAGAGCUGGAGACAUGCAGCAAAACGCCUCAUAUGAUUUGAACCGCAUGCCCAACUUUGCAAACCUUCCACCGCUCCCACCGGGACCGCUGCCGUUCGAUCCCUCGGACCCUACGGCUUUCUUUGCACUGGCUGCAGCGUUUGGCGCCAAUCUCCCUGGCAUGCCGCCCAUGUCGUUUCCCAAUGCUCAAGGCAACCGCUCUAGCCAGAAGGGCACCAAGCAGCUGUGUUCCGACUACCAUGAAAAGGGAUUUUGCGCCUUGGGCAAUUUCUGUCCCUUUGAGCAUAGCGAUGCUGCUGUUGCUGUCCCGGCUCACGAAGUCCCCGAAUAUGACCCAGAAAAGUCUUUUCUUGCUGUUCAGCCCCAUCGAAAUACCAGGAAGCAAGCAUCGUCUCACAGCCAACGCCGCACCAUCAAGGCUAGCAAAUCACGCGCGCCCUUCUCUCAGCUCGGCCCAUCAUACGAUCCGUCCAAUACUACGCUGGUGGUUGAACAUAUCCCUCCCGAGAGCUUCAGUGAAGACAGCGUACGAAACUACUUUUCCGAGUUUGGCAGCAUCGUCGAAGUGGACAUGCACACCAACAGGCGAUUGGCAAUCAUCAAGUUCGUCGACCAUUCUGCUGCCAGCCGAGCCUACAGUAGCCCCAAAGCUGUCUUCGAGAACCGGUUCGUUAAGGUCUACUGGUAUUGUGAAGAGGAUCACCCAGAAGAGGAGAAGCUUGACCUUGAGGCCAUUGCCAUCAAGCAGGCAGAAGCGCAAAAGGCUUUCGAGGAACGAAGGAGAAAGGAAGAGGAAGCUGCUGCCAGAGCUGCUGAAAUCGAGAGACAGCUCAAAGAGAAGAAUGAAGAGAUGCAGGAGAUUAGGCGGCAACUAGCAGAAUUGUCUGGUGAUAAGGCAGAUGAGUUUUCAGAGACCUUGGAGACACUUCAAGCUGAGGCCGCUGAACUCUUCGAUCAGCAUGCUCCUGAUCAUUCCGCAAUGCGCGGUCGCGGCCGUGGCGCGUUUCGUGGAGCUUAUCCAGGUCGUGGCUUUGCUCCCUUCCCACCUCGUGGUAGAGGCUUCACAUCCUAUCGAGGCGCGUAUCGUGGUCGAGAAUCUGGCUUCUACCCUGCUGCCUUCCCAGGUCGUAGCGGCGUUAAGAGACUCGACAAUCGGCCUAGGCGACUGGCAGUCAGUGGCAUCGAGGCUGAUACGCCGAGAGAUGAGGCAUUGCGGCAGUAUCUUCUGAACAUUCCCGACUGCACGAGUAUUGAACGCCACCCAGAGCAAGCCGACGCUCUCAUCCUUACUUUCAAGGAGCGGUACCAGGCUGAGAUGUUUCUUGACCAGUCAUUAAAAAUUCCCGAUGUAGGUAAGCUUGACCUUGCAUGGGUUCCUAACGACGCCUUUGGUGGUCUCAAGCCUUCUACGACCACACAGGCAGCACCGACUGGCGUCGAAGAAGGAGACUCUCCUGCUACCAUUGGAGAGACGGAUAUCAAGGUUGAAGAAGAGGAGAAUCAGCCAUUUGGCGGUGCAGAUGCUGACAUGGAUGUUGCGGAUGACGUGGAUCAAUGGCUGUAG